AUGUCCGAUACGGCGGUCGAGCUCAAUGAGCUCUUCGCGGCGACCUACCCUAAUGGCCUGCCCAAAGAUGUACUCGCCGAGCUCCAAUCUAUCUUACGGAUUCAUUCGAUCACGGCGGAAGAGCUCUUCUACAAAUGGGAGUCAUAUAGCAUGAAAAUGGGCGAAGAGGUGAAAUUGAGUAUGGACACAGUCCGAGGCUUUAAGCAGGAUGUCCAAGAAGCCCUUGAACGCGAAAGUCGUGGCAAAAUUGGCCGGCAAAUGGAAAAGAGGGCAACCGUCACGGCCACCCCGCGUGCUGCAGCCGGCGCUGAUGUAUUCGGAAUGUUGGACGAAUUGACACCAAAUACUGCGAACAACCGACCCAUGAACGGGGUGAAUGGUUCGGUGAAGCGCAAGGCCGACUUCCCACCAUCUACACCGAAAGUAGGAAAAUUCGAAAAGAUCGGGACGCCGACGGGUACAAAGACUCCUGGAUCCGCGGCAAAUGGCACCGCAGUAACCUUCGCUGAGCGACCGAACCCUGGCCAGACUCUAGAAACACUCAAUGCACACCUGUCACUGCCCGAAACUCCAAUGGCACCAUUCUCAGAAGCGCGCGUUCGACCGACAGCCAACACAGACCUGAAGAAGUUCGGAUAUAAGCCAAUGGGAAUGCGACUGUCGGAGGCCUCUGAGAUUCUCGACGACCGGAUUGACGAAUUCGCCGCCAUUUUCCAGAAACAUUAUGAUUCAGACGAUCUUACCUUCGGCAGCGCAGCUACUCAAAGUACAACUGAAGUCAUUGCAGUUGGACGGAUUGCCUCCGACUCUCUAGAAGGAAAGCUGAACCCGGCGUCAUUGGUUCUUGAGACCUCUCGCCGCACUGGUGCUGGAAGAAGGGUUCCUCUGAAAGUUGACUCGUUACCAUCGUUAAACUUCUUCCCUGGUCAAAUUGUGGCGUUGCGAGGAAUCAACCCCUCUGGUGAUUACUUCACCGUCAAGGAGAUUCUUUCCAUCCCCCUCUUACCACCCGCUGCGUCUUCCGCUGUGGCUCUGGACGACAUAAACGAACGCCUGGAGAAUGGCGGUGCCAAUUCACCGCUCAACGUUAUGAUAGCGGCUGGUCCGUAUACGGCCGAUGAUAACCUGGACUUUGAGCCCCUGCACGAACUGUGCCAGAAGGCUGCAGAUAGCUAUGCGGAUGCCGUUGUGUUGCUGGGCCCAUUCUUGGAUAUCGAGCACCCGCUACUCGCUUCUGGCGACUUUGACUUGCCGGAUAUCAAAGGUCUCGACCCGGACACGGCAACCAUGACCGCCAUCUUUCGCCACUGCAUCUCAGCCCCUCUGUCGCGUCUUGCCCAGGCUGUACCAAGUAUCACAAUCGUGGUUGUUCCAUCCGUGCGGGACCUUGUCAGCCGUCAUGUCUCAUGGCCACAAGAACAGCUCCUCAAGAAGGACCUUGGCUUGCCAAAGCAAGUUCGUAUGGUCUCGAACCCGGUAACACUAUCAUUCAACGAGUUUGUUGUAGGCAUGUGCUCUCACGAUGUUCUCUCCGAGCUGCGCCGUGAGGAAGUUCUACACGGCAGACCCGCGGAGGGAAGUCUGCUCACUCGCUUGCCCAAGUACCUUGUCGAGCAGCGCCAUUUCUUCCCACUCUUCCCUCCAACUGCCCGUGCCAAUCUUCCCAAAGCUGGGCCAGAUACUGGCCUGGCAACCGGCGCGAUGUUGGACCUGCCUUAUAUGAAGCUUGGCGAGUGGUGGAAUGUUCGGCCAGACAUACUAAUUGUCCCCAGUAUGCUCCCGCCUUUUGUCAAGGUCGUCGACAGCGUCCUUGUCAUCAACCCUGGUACCCUGUCGAAGCGCCGCGCCGCAGGAUCCUACGCCCAGAUGUCGGUCCACCCGCGUAUUGUGACUGACGAGGAGCGCGAGUCUAAGCAACUCGACCAUAAGCUAUACGAGCGUUCUCGCGUGGAUAUCUACAGAAUCUAG